CCUAAGAAGAUCAACAAACAACCACCCUCACUCACACACACACACACACACAUAUAUAUAUAAAUAGAUCAAAUAGUAUACAAUACAAAGAAGAAGAAGAAAGAAGAAAAAAAUGAAUUACAUAUUCGAAAAUGAAGAAUGCAGCAGCGGUUGCGAGUCAGGCUGGACUCUCUACUUCCAACAGUCUUAUAAAAGCAAAAACGAUUCGCCCGAGCCCCGGACGAAGAGAUCCACCGACGAAGACGAAGAAGAUCUGUCUAUGGUGUCGGACGCCUCGUCCGGGCCGCCACAGGUGUAUGAGGAAGAAGGAAACGACACAAGCGGCUGCUUCUUUAAUAACUACGCUACCGUUACCGAACCUUUGUCGGAAAGGAAAAAGAAUAGGGGAAAUCGAUGUCGGAAGAAGGUGCCGGAACGCUCCUCUUUGCUCGAAGUCGACGACACUGCUAGCUCCUCGCUUUACGGCUACUGCAAUAAAACAAGAAGCCAGGCAUCAGUGGAGAAUGUGGUGGAAUAUUCACAAGGCUACUCCUCAACUCAGUUUGAGGUGAGACCUACAUAUGUAGAGGAGCAUUAUGAUUUCUUGCAGUCUGGAAACCAUCAACUUCAGCAGCAAAACCACAGGUGGUUUGAAGGUAAAAGGUGGUGAAGCAAUGAGAUGAUGUAAAGUUGUGUUUUUGCAAAGGCAAAAAUGAAUCUUGAAAAGGGGAUUUUGUUUCCCUUUCUUCUCUGCUUUCUUCCCAUGUCUUUUUUGUAGCUGUAAUGCAAGUGGGAAACAGCUUGAAAGAAAAAAAAAGUAAAAAAAAAAUAGUGGAAGUUCAUUCUCAAUAGUUUGUACUAGUAGAUUCAAGAUUUUCUUGUCUUAGAAAUAAUGGCAACAA